AUGGCGGCGGCGCCGCCGUGCUGCGCGGUGCGGGUGCGGGCCGCGGGCGGCGGCGAUGGCGGCUGCAGCGGGCUGGUGCUGAGCCGCCGCCCCGCGCUGGUGCUGUGCCACGCCGCCGUCUUCGCCCCGUUCCUGCGCGCCGGCCCCGCCGCCUGGGCGCGGCCCGCCGCGCUGCCGCCCGCCGCGCUCCGGCCGCGCCCGCGCCUCAGCGUGGUGCUGGGCGCCGAGGCCGGCGGGCUGCGGGAGCUCGAUGCGCGGCUGCUGGCGCUGGUGCCGUGCGCGGCGUUCCGGCGGGCGCUGGAGCGCGGCCUCGGGCGGGCGGAGCGCUGGCGGUUCGGGGCCGUGGAGGAGGCGGGCACCGACCCGCGGGCGCUGCCCUGGUUCGCCUGGCUGCGGGUGCCCGGGCUGGACGCGCCCGAGGGCGGCUGGGCGGCGCGGGCCAGCGCCGGCUGCCUGCGCAAGGGGCAGGCGCUGCUGGCCUGCGGGUCCCCCUUCGGAGACCUGUGCCCCGAGCUCUUCCUCAACACGCUGAGCCGGGGGGUGGUCAGCAACCUGGCGGGCGAGGAGAACGCCCUGGUGCUCACCGACGCCCGCUGCCUGCCCGGCACCGAGGGCGGCGCCGCCUUCGUGCCCUCGCCCGACGGGCCGCGCGUGGUAGCCGUGAUCGCCGCCUCCUUCUGCUGGAAGGGCGCCGAGUGGGUCGGGCUCACGCUGCUCUGCUCCCUCGCCGCCAUCCUGCGCAGCAGCGCCGGUGUCCUGGGCGAAGCCGGGAUCGUGGUGCCGCCGGUGCCGGCGUGGGUGGCCGCGGUGCCAGCGAGCGGCGGGCAGGACCCCCUGGGCUGCACGGCGCUGGUGGAGUGCGGGGCGACCUGGGGCUCCGGGGUGCUGCUGGCGCCGAGGAUGCUCCUCACCUGCCGGCACGUCGUGGAGGCCAGAGCCCCGCUCCAUGUGACACCGGCAGCCGGCCCCGGCCAGGAUGCCGCCGUGCUCAGGGGACGUGUGGUGUUUGCCACCGAGGAGUCGUCCCCCUUCGACGUGGCCGUGGUGGAGCUGGAGGAGAGCGUGCCAGGCUUUGUCCCGCCGUGCCUGGCCAACACCUUCCUCCCAGGAGAAGAGGUGAGCGUGGUGGGCUUCGGGGCGCUGGGGCAGGCGUGCGGCCCCUCGGUGACAGUGGGGGUGCUCUCGGCCGUGGUGGCGGUGGCUGGGCGCCCUGUCAUGCUGCAAACCACCUGUGCCGUCCACGGCGGCUCCAGCGGCGGCCCCCUCGUCUCCUCCCGCAGCGGAUGCCUCAUGGGCAUCGUGGCCAGCAACACGCGGGACACCGGUGCGGGGUCCACCUACCCCCACCUCAACUUCUGCAUCCCCAUCACCGUCCUGCAGCCCCUCGUCGCGCGCUACCGCCGCACCGGCGACCCCGCCGCCUUCGCCGAGCUCAACCGGGUGGGUGAGGGGGUGAGGGCCACUUGGCAGCUCCAGCAGCGGCCACGACCCCCCAGCAAGCUCUGACCCUCCUCGCGGGGGUCUUGUGCCAGGGACCGAGGUACCAGGGACUGAGGUGCCAGGGAUGGGGCUGCCACGUCUCCUCUUCAGCCCGGUGGUGUGGGGCCCAAGCACCUGCACUGCACAGUGGAGCAUGGGCACCCUGGGGCAGGGGAUAUGGCACAGUGCCUCUGACAGCUGCUGACAGCCCCAAUCUGGGGAGGAGGUUUGGGGUCUGUGUUACUGUUUUAUUUUCUCCCUGGGGCCAUAAAUGCUGUGAGUUAAG